UGAUAUUUGAAGUAUGGACCCAAUGAAUACGAAUACAGCAAAGUAGAGUGAGACGCACCUUGCGGCGAUUUCAAGCGAUAUCUAUAGUCCGUGAUACGAGGAUCAGAUCAAAGAACGCAAUUUCAUUGAAUACCCCAAUAAAGGUUAUAUCUGUUAGCUGAGUAGCAUGCAGAAAGCAUUCAGACAACUGGAGGAGAAGCACCUCUCAGCGGAGGUUGUGCGUAUGGUAUGGUCUCCCCGUAUGGAUCUUAUUGCUUUAGCUAAUGUUCAGGGAGAGGUUUUGCUACACAGGCUGACAUGGCAGAAAGUGUGGGUGUUACCAUCUAAUGAACAACAAGUCACAUCACUUGCAUGGAGACCUGAUGGCAAAGUCUUAGCGGUCGGUUACGAAAAUGGAGACGUGGUAAUUUGUGAUGUGGAAAAUGACAUUUUUGAAACUAGCAGAUGGAAACCUAGAACAACUUUGAAUAUCCUAAUAGUUGGUACCAAGAUUGGAGAUGUUCAUUUAUAUGCAUUUGGUAUCUGUCCAAUAGCAGUGACUAAAUUAUCCAAAGAGACAUCCAACCAGAUAAAUCGGGUGUUAUCUGCUGCUUUGAGUACUGAUUUAAAGUCUUUACACUGUGUGUUUGAGGAAGAAUCUUGUCUUUUUGCUCCAAAUAACGAUGAACAGAGCCAGGUUAACUACAAUGUUAACUUCAUUACUUUUGAUACACCGCUAUUAGCUGCCAGGCACCAAGAAAUUGCUUUAUUUGCACUGAAAUAUGGUAGAAUUAUCACUCUAGUUGAGUACCUCAACAAUACAUUGAAAACAAUGUCAGAAGCAUAUGAAGACAUUUUAGUUGAGAUGGAAUCAAAAUUAUCAAAGUAUGCUGAGAAUGAGAAAUAUAACUAUUUCUGCAUCAGAGUUAUUGAAAUAAGCCUCCAGAACUUCAAGGCCUUCUUCCGAUGGAUUUACAUGAUAAUUCUAAGACUGUCAGAAGAGAGCAUACCACCUGAGAUCAGCAGGAUGACACAAAAGGACAUCACAUUUGUUGCAGAUUUCCUUAAAGAGAAUUUACAGAAAGAUAAAAAUUGUGAAGAUAAAGGGUCUGGUUUCAAUCUAGAACGUGUCGGUCAGUACCUGAAAAGAGAAGAUCUAUCCAUUCCGACUGAUGUAUCCAGUAACUCCUGGCAGACAUUUGUAGAGAUGUGCCCUAACCUGAGACGCAGUAAAUUGUUGUUUUCGGUUCAUCCAAACAAGUCAUUGUAUCAGUUAUUUGAUGUAUUAGAAGACGAGAUCAAAGCAUGUCUCAGCAAGACAUCAUCAACUAUUGGUGAGAGUUUAACAAGGGAAGGAUGUGUAUAUCAAUUAUACCAAGCACAUAGUGUCGCUAAAGAAGACCCAUUUACUCCUUGUAUAGCACAAUUUACACUGGAUAAACCAAGCAGUGUAUUGUAUACUGUGCUUACAACUAAGAAACCUCCGUCGGAUAAGCUACACAUCAUUAAAAAAUCCACCACAGAUAAAAGAUGCAGUCGCCAUGGCGUUUUAGAUGUAGGGUUUUAUGACGAAAGCAUUCUGUCACUGCUAUUACAAGAAGAUGAAGCAAAUGGAGAGAAUUUUUCUGUCUUAGUUCAGUUACCGAUCGGUAAAAUACUGGAAAGCAAAGACAGAGAGUACAAGUCGAUAUCAAUAUGUCAGCCACAGGUCAAUACAUCUCCAGUCUUAGUAUCUCAUGAUAUGGCGCCCCAUGUGAAGACCUACAGACGAUUAGAAAACAUGAAAGCUAGCAUAUUUGCUGUGAGUGGACCAAGGCGGGUAUCUUGUGUGAUGUUUUCAAGUCAUCGAAGAGUGCGUGUGUUUGAUAUGGAUGCAGAAGAUGAAGAGGGAGAUGUAGACAUAGAGGAUGAUGCAGAGACAGAUGAAGUUGAUGAUAAAUCAAAGGAAGAUGAAAACAAUGAUAGUAUGGUACUAUAAAAAGACAAAAAACAUCCAUGAUGCACUAUAGUUUUAGGCAUUUCGAGCAUCAUUAUAUUAUCAUGAUAUUCAAUUUACUUAUAUGUAAAUUUGUCAAUUAAAUAGUUCA